UAAUGAUAUUGAUUUCAUAUUGUGUAUGUUGAUAUUAUUUUCUUAUAUAGUUGGUCAAAAUUUACGAAGUUUGACUUCUGGUAAAUUUUUAUAUGCACUAAAAGGAAACGGAGGGAGUACAAAACAUGUCAGAAUACAAAACAUGAGAAAUCCUUUUAAGUAGGGCAUUCAUAGAUACACCCAAAUAUCUAGACCCAAGAGCCACCAAGGAUCAACUGCCAACCACUGCCGUUUGUAAUGACAUCACUGACAGGAAUUCAAGGAUGCAAAAUUGAAUAGUAAAGAAAGCUUUGUUUGUAAUGACAUCACUGACAUGAAUUCAAGGAUGCAAAAAUUGAACGGUAAAGAAAGCUUUGUUUGUAAUGACAUCACUGACAUGAAUUCAAGGAUGCAAAAUUGAACGGUAAAGAAAGCUUUGUUUGUAAUAACAUCACCGAUAGGAAUUCAAGGAUGCAAAAUUGAACGGUAAAGAAAGCUUUGUUUGCAAAGACAACAAUGGUAAGUUUCCGGAAUUCAUCUUUUGGAAUUUUAUUUUGGAUGUUAUUAAGAAACAAAAAUCUUAAGGAGAAAAUAAAAGAGUCAAGAACACCGGGGCAAAUCAAUAGAAGGUUUCGUGAGUCAACCAAAAUUAGUACAUACGCAUCACUAACUAAAGAGCGCUGCUAUGCAGACGACGAUGCGCGGACGAUUUGUGCACGACGCUGCACAUCAGGUCGUCCAUGCAUAUCAUCGAAGUCCAAUGGACGGCUGGAUGUGGCAUCGUCCAACUGUCGUGCGAUCGAUGCAUCGUCUGCACGGCAUUUUCGCUAACUAAAAGUAUGAAGUCACUGUCAUUAUGCUUCCACUCUAGUCCAACAAUCUGUAGGGCAAGGAUAAAAUAAUUCAUCUGGAAAUGUGUGAAUGCACUCCCUUGUAUAACUAUAAUGCGAGUGGGAAAAGUCAUAACUUGGGGGAUAGAAAAUGCAGUGUCACCAAGAGAAGAAGCACGAUAGCAUAAGAGAUGAACUUCUAAUCCAAAUGUAGUCCCAAUGUUAAACGUAUAACAUCUGAGUCAGUACACAAACUGGAGGAAAUACUCAACCAAAAACAAAGUUUCUAUUCUUUAGUCAUUCACUCAUUCACAAAUCGCAGAGGAAGUAUAUGUUAGCAUGGCUAGCUCUUAUUCUGAUACGCAAAGCGGCGAAACGCAAGCUGUUAGGGCUGGGUCGGCCGACGGCUUCUCGAGGAAGAAGAUGGACAGGGAAUGGUCCAAGGAACAAGAAGGAAAAAAUCAUUCCUUUUUUUUGACACGGAAAUAAUCAUUCCUGAUACAACGGCUAAGGGCCUCUUUGAUUCACAGGAUUCUGAAAACGCAGGAAUAGGAAAAACAUAGGAUUGGAAUGUCAUGCUCAUCUCCAUCCUAUAGGAUUUUGGGUUGUUUGACUGCAUCAUAGGAAAAACAAAGGAUUCCUUCAAAGAGGUUUGAGUGGAUGCUAAAAAUCCUAUUGGAAGUAGUAUAAAGAAAUCCUUAGGAAAAAUUCCUGUAGGAUUCAAUCCUUUGAAUCAAACAGCCAACAUAGGAAAAAAUCCUAAGGAUUAUGAUCCUCCAAAAUUCCUAUGUAAAUCUUUUGAAUCAAAGGAGCCCUAAGAGUCAAAAUGAUGGAUUGGCUAGGCAGGUCCCUGAAUUUCUUUUUCUCGCUGGGUAUGUUGAUCGAGGAAGCGCUUGAGAGAUACUAGAUCCUGGCAUUCGUAAGACGACGCGAUGCACGGUGUGGUUGACCGCUAGCUCCGGCGGAUGUACGUGACGUGAAGGCGGUGCAUGGUCCGGGUAGUCGCAAAUGGUGCCGCGUGCGAGGGGGACGCGGUGGACGCCGGCCGGACUUCUGCAGUUGUGGAGCCGCCGUUAAUUUAAUUUUGGGUAGGCUUGGAAGAGAGCGUUGCCUGCGCAUGCGUGCCUCGGAUGUCGCGCGCGCCAGCGAGGGCCAUUAAUUAGCUGAGCCGAGCCCGAAGAGACAAGUCCUCACCCACCCACCGGCUCAAACUAUUCCCCUCCCGAAACCCUCCCUCGCCUCCACAGUCCACACCGGCCGACCAUGCCGCAGCUGCCGGACGAGCUCGUGGAGGAGAUCUUCCUCCGCCUCCCCAAGGACGAGCCCGCGGCGCUCGUGCGGGCCUCCCUCGCCAGCAAGCCCUGGCUCGCCCUGCUCACCGGCCCCGCCUUCCGCGGCCGCUACCGCGAGUUCCACGACGCUCCCCCAAUGCUGGGCUUCCUCUACAGCCGGGCCGACGGCUCCGGCCACAAGGGAGACCCCGCCCCACGCCUCGUCUCCACCUCCAAGUUCGGCGCGCGCAUUCCGGACUUCGCCAGUACGGACCCGGACUUUGAUUUGAUUGCGUGGGACUGCCGCCAUGGCCGGGUUCUCCUCGGGGAUGCGUAUUUCUCUCCUAGGCUGCUCGUGGUUUGGGACCCCAUGACGGGCUGCACUCGGCAGCUGGAUCGGCCGGACGUCGACAAGAUCGCGGUGCUCUGCGCGGUGAGCGGCUGUGACCACCGCUCGUGUCACGCCGGUCCCUUCAAGAUGGUCGGCGUUGUCGUGAACAUUAGUGUAGAUGGUGGUUGUGUUGCACGCGUGUACGUGUCGUCGCCGGACAUGGGUGACUCUGACGAGUGGAAGGAGCCGUGCCCUGGUCUUGAUGUUGCAGCGGAUGCAUUCAUCUAUGAUAUACCCGCUGUCCUCCUCCACGACGCACUCCACUUCAUACUUGGGUACCACGAUGAUAAUGAUCGUGUGGGAAUUCUCAAGUACAGCUUGACCUCUGAUUCUUUAUCAUUGAUUGAUGUGCCGUUUGCCGCUCAUGCCGAUAUCCUCAUGGCGAUGAAGGAUGGCAGUCUGGGGCUUGCACAUGUGGACAGCAGGUUAACCCUCUACGUGUGGUCCAGACAAAUAGAUUCCAACGGAGUUGCGUCAUGGACUCAUGGUAGAGUCGUGGAUCUCAAGAACCUUAUCCCUAUUAAAAAUACCAAGAGAAGACCUAUACUGAUUGGAUCUGUGGAGGGCAGAGAUAUCAUUUUCGUGAAGACGGAUCUUGGCGUCUACGAGAUUGAUCUCAAGACACUAGAGUGGAAGGAGCGGAUGAAGGGGGAAGACGUCUAUUCUUUGAUUCCGUACAUGAGCUUCUACAAUCCGCCAGAAAGGAUGAUCCCUGGUGAUGCGUCACGUUGAGAAUGUGCGGUUGAGUAUGCAGGAUGCUACUACUCAUCAACAAGAAACAUGACAACUUGGAGGCAUUACUUAGUAGACUUUCGGUGCAGUGGUGCCUGCGUGUUUUCUUAUAUUAGUGUUGGCUUUUGUCUGUUAGUUUGACAGUUUCUCCGUGUCUUUGUGGUGCGUAAGUGGGUGAAUGGAUUAUCUUGUAGCAAACCUUUAAUUUCUUGCAUGCAUGUGAACCGUUAUUACAAUUUGCUAUCCCAACUUUUGAUCUAGACUCUAAAUUCAUCUCCCAAAAGGUGCAUCUUUGGUGAGCAGAUGCUGAUGGCAUGUC